CUGGUUUUCCCAAACCUCUGCCUCUCUCCAGAUUUGACAAAGAAGGAGGUGGGAAAUGGCUGCUCUAAGACUCCCAAGAAAUUGCCAUUUCUGGAACUGUCUUCUUUUUCUCCUGCUAAACUAUACCUCCUCAGUCUUCUGCUACCAAUACAAGGUCGGAGAUUUGGCUUCUUGGAAUGUACCCUCCUCCUCAAAUCGAGAUGUUUAUAUCAAAUGGUCCAAGAAUCAAACUUUCAAGAUCGGAGAUUCACUCUUUUUUCUGUACCCUCCAAGCCAAGAUUCAGUGAUACAAGUUACAAAGCAAUCUUACAGGACCUGCAACCUGAAAGAUCCGAUCUUGUCCCUCAACAAUGGCAACUCCCUGUUCAAUAUCACAGCUCCGGGCAACUUUUUCUUCAUCAGUGGCGCAAAGGGUCACUGCGAAAACUCACAAAAACUCCAAGUUUUUGUGGCGGGUGGGAAUGGAUCCGCGGGUUAUGACGACGAUGCAGACAUACCCAUUGCUUCUGCUCCCGCUGCGGCUGCUGGCCCUUCUUUCUCUAAUGAUUUUGGCCCAAACCCAAGCCAGCAUUCAUCUUCUUCGUCGCCAAAAACUCCCAUAUCCGCCGUGUCGGCAGCGGUUUUGUCUCUGAUUCUGAGCUACAGUCAUAUGAAAGUGACGUUAUAGGCCAAGAAAAAGUUUUUCUUUUUUUACUACUUAUAGCGUUUUAUGAUGUUUUGAGUUGAAUAUUUCUUCUCCCAUUCAUUCUUGAUGGCAUAUGUAUUGUAUUACACAUUCUUUCAGAAGAGAGCAACAUUACUGUCAUUUUGUUUGCAUGAUUAUUUAAUCAAUAAAUUUGUUACUUGGAAUUUGGAAA